UGCAGCCCUGUCGCAAAGGACAUCAAAAGGUGUGCAUGAGAAUAAAUGCUGUGAAAUCUGGAAGACAGCAGCAGGAAAACACACUCCUGCAGAGAGGAUCACACUGGUCAGUGUAAGGGUCAACAACACUACUGGCUGCUGCCAGGGAACCAGAACUUUCUUAGGCUACAGAUGAACUGAACACAAGUUAAAGAAACCUACGGAUUAACGGGUCAGAGAUCGCAAUCAUUUUGUCUUAUUGUCGCAUCAGCUCAUUCACAGACAACCACAGAGGGCAUAAAAUAGAAAGCUGCAGAUUGUUUUUCCCAUGGCGAGCAUUUGGGUCUCUCAUCUAGGAACCAUCUGCACCUCCAAGACUUUGCUCUUGCUGUUUUCCAUCCUACUGUUUCAGGGGCCUCUCUGUGGUGAGAGCAGCCCCAUCUCCAGUGCCCAUCAGAGGCAUCGCCCUGCUCCAGGGCUGGGAGACGGGCAUGGAGGGGUGGUGGAUCCGUCACUGCUGGAGCAGCACAGCAGCAUGGACACAAAGAGCCUGCUGGAGAGCCUGAAGGAACAGUUUCUGCGGACUUUCAACUUGUCAGGCUUGGGUCCUCAGCUGCCUCCUGGAAGCACACGAGAAGAGCCACCUGAGUACAUGAUAGAGCUCUACAACCGCUUCGCUAAUGACCAUAGUGCCAUGCCCUCUGCCAACAUCAUCCGCAGCUUCAAAAAUGAAGAUUCAUCUCCUAGUGUUGUGGGUGUUGGGGGAGUGAGGCGUCACCCUCUCCUCUUCAAUGUGUCAGUCCCCCAUCAUGAACGAAUCACAGCAGCCGAACUACGCCUCUACACCCUUGUCCAGACUGACCGCCACCUCUACGCUGGUGUCGACCGCAAGGUCACAAUCUAUGAACUGGAAUUGCAUGACCUGGAUGACAACAUGACUGAUGGGAACAAUGUGAGAGGAGAUGGAUUCAGAGGGGGAGGGGAGCAGAUAGAGCUGAUAGAGCUGGCUUCACGACAGGUCUAUGGCACUGACAACAGCUGGGAGGCCUUUGACCUCACUGCUGCUGUUCAACGCUGGCGCAAGUCUGACCAUGGCACCACGCACCGGUUGGAAGUGCACAUUGCCAGUAUGGCUGAUGAUGAUGUUCAAGGUAUGACAGAAGACAGCAAAGACAAGAAUCCACCUGAAGGAGACAUGAAGAUUGACACCAAUCCUGAAGAAAAACACAAACCCCUGCUGAUAGUUUUCUCUGAUGACCAAAGCAGUGAUCAUCGUGGUGACAAGCGUGAACUGAGCGAGAUGAUUGACCAUGAAACCUCGAACAUGGUUCUGCAGAACGACUUAGGGAUGGGCCUGUGGGGUGACCUCGGGAGGGACAGGGAGGAGGGAGAUGAAGAAACUGAGCCAGAUGAAGAGGACCUCAUCCAGAUGCGCUCCAAUCUGAUCUAUGACACAGCAUCCCGCAUUCGUCGCAAUGCCAAAGGCAACCACUGCAAGAAACAAUCUCUUUAUGUAGAGUUCAAAGAUAUUGGAUGGGACAGUUGGAUUCUAGCACCCACUGGUUAUGAUGCUUUUGAGUGCACUGGCAUCUGCUCCUUCCCACUGACAAAGCAUGUCACACCCACAAAGCAUGCCAUUGUCCAGACAUUGGUCAACAUCAACAGUCCUCAAAAGGCAGCAAGAGCCUGUUGUGUGCCCACCAAGCUGGACCCCAUCUCCCUGCUGUAUCUGGAUGACACAGGUGUGGUCACCUACAAGUACAAGUUUGAAGGCAUGGUGGUGGCUGAGUGUGGCUGCAGAUAGUCCAUGCUUUGAGAGAGUUUAACUCUUCGUAAAGUCUUACAAUAGGAGGAAAGACACUGAACUAACAAUAAGCUGGAAAAGGAGAUAAGCCAAGAAUGUCUUCAACAAAGGGACAACUGCUGGAAUCUCUGUGAGGGUUACUCAGUGAGGCUAGUGCACAUUUACUAUUAAUGAAACUAUGUGUGCUCCAACUGAAUGUGUGUGGACAAAUAUAUGUUUCAAAUGGUAAAACAGAUACAAGUAGUUCAUCUUACAUGAUCAAAGGCAUGAAGAUCAGUGACACUGGAGAGACACUGUGCUGCAUAUAUACAGUCAACAUGUUGUCAAUUGUGAUACCAACAAGAAUAAAAAGGCACAGGAUUCUUCAAAGGACCAAACCAAGCACAUCCUACAGUGUGUGCAGCCUGGUGGGAACUAGUGGGUCAGCUGCCCCCCUCCCUCUACUUCCCUCUGACAUCUGUCUUCCUCUCCACUUAUCUCUGGCCUUCCCACUCGAUGCAAACACUAAUCAGCACUUCAUGUGUCCUGGUGCAGUGAAAUGACCUCCCUAAGGCAACCUGACAAGACAUGAACUCUGUAGGCCCACCUCCUGCCUCCUGCAACCUCCUGAUACGUAGGUGCUGUGCAGGGGUCCUGGUGGCAGGGUUAUCUUUCCCAACCCUGUUUCCCACUUCACAUGCCUCUUUUCCACUCCCCCGAGCUACAGCGAUAGCAAGGUGUUGGGGUCUGAGAAACACAUAUGCCACCACUCAGGCUUGGAGAACUGGACGCCAUUCUGGGCAUCUUUUUAGGUGGUGGGGUGGGUGGGAGAGGACAUGGGGCCAGAGGUUGUCCACAUUCCUAGGCAACAAACAAUCUUAACUGGCUCAACUCACUGACCCAGUGCCAUGUGCUCCCAACAUAUCUUCAGCUCCUCAGUUGAGUCAUCGAUCACUUUUAUGUUAAAAUGGCCUUUUGGAACGUUAUUAUCUGUAAGCUAAAAUCAAGAGUGGAGAAGGGGGCACCUUGUUGCAUUCCCUUUCAUGGAUCCCCAGAGGAAACACAGUUAUUUUCUUUUGUUCUAAGCCUUUUGAUACCUCUGCUGCUUGUGUCAAAUAAAAGACUAUUUAUUGUUCUAAUUUAUUAAUUUUUACAACAGAUAUAUAUAUAUAUAUAUAUAUAUAUAUGUAAAUGUGUAAGUUACUUAGCGUAAGCAGGUUUUGUAACCAUGACAAUG